AUGUCAGGAAGUGAGGAGAGUCCUAUUUCACUAAAUCCCAUUGUCCAUGAGGUUCCUGCUACACUAAUUCCCAUUGUUCAGGAUGGUCCUGCUACACUAAUUCUCAUUGUCCAGGAGGGUCCUCCUACACUAAGUCUGAUUGAGGGUCCUGCUAUACUAAAUAUCAUUGUCCAGGAGGCUCCUGCUAUACUAAUUCCCAUUGUCCAUGAGGGUUCUGCUUCACUAAAUCCCAUUGAGGGUCCUGCUAUACUAAAUAUCAUUGUCCAGGAGGCUCCUGCUAUACUAAUUCCCAUUGUCCAGGAGAGUCCUAUUUCACUAAAUCCCAUUGUCCAUGAGGAGGGUCCUGCUACACUAAUUCCCAUUGUUCAGGAUGGUCCUGCUACACUAAUUCUCAUUGUCCAAGAGGGUCCUGCUACACUAAAUCCCAUUGGGGGUCCUGCUAUACUAAUUCCCAUUGUCCAUGAGGGUCGUACUAUACUAAAUCCCAUUGUCCAGGAGGGUCCUGCUACACUGAUUACCAUUGUCCAGGAGGGUCCUGCAACACUAAAUCCCAUUGUCCAGGAGGGUCCUGCUACACUAAAUCCCAAUGUCCAUGAGGGUCCUGCUACACUAAAUCACAUUGUCCAGUACGGUCGUGCUACACUAAAUCCCAUUGUCCAUGAGGGUCCUGCUACACUAAUUUCCAUUGUCCAGGAGGGUCCUUCUACACUAAAUCCCAUUGUCCAGGAGGGUCUUGCUACACUAAAUCCCAUUGUCCAGAGGAUCCUGCUACACUAA